AUGGCUUCCACGGCAAACAUCACCAAAGCAGCUGUUGUUCAAACCGAACCAGUCUGGUUUGACUUAGCUGGCACUACUGCGAAGACAUGCGAUCUGAUCAAAGAAGCUGCUUCGAAAGGAGCACAGAUUAUUGCUUUUCCUGAGCUUUGGCUACCAGGAUAUCCGACAUGGAUCUGGGCUCGUCCAAUGGAUCUUGAGAUAGUUGUGAAAUACACCAAGAACUCACUCAAAAUAGACUCGAGCGAAAUGCAAGACAUCAGGUCUUGUGCAGCAGAGAAUAAUAUCGUGGUUUGCCUCGGGUUUUCCGAGCUGAGCGGAAGCUCUCUCUACAUUGCUCAAUGCAUAAUUGACAGCGAUGGUGAAGUCCUCAUGACUAGACGUAAGCUUAAGCCCUUUCAUAUUGAGAGGACGAUCUUUGGUGAUGGGCAUGGUCCAUCGCUUGAUAAUGUCGCUCUGACAUCUGUGGGGAAAGUUGGGCAACUAUCUUGUGGAGAACAUUUUAAUCCGUUGAUCAACUUCAAUACUUUCUCCCAAGGAGAGCAGAUCCAUUGUGCGGCAUGGCCUUGUGUGCCUGUUCACUCAGGUGGCCCUGAACCAUUCUCCAUGUCGGAUGAAGCGGUAGCAGCCAUAUCUCGUGUCUACUCUAUCCAAGCCCAGUGCUAUACGCUACACUCUACAACUGUCAUCUCGCAACCAUCCAUUGAGAUGAUGGGUACAAAGCAAGCUCCAGUUUUCAAUCUUGCUGGUGGAGGCAACGCGAGGAUAUUUGCACCGGACGGUCGACAAUUGACAAGAGACUUGCCGGCAACAGAAGAAGGUAUGGUAAUAACAGACCUGGAUUUGGAUCAGGUGACUAUGCAUAAAGCAAUUCUUGACACUUGUGGACAUAAUGGGAGACCAGAGCUGUUGUGGCUGGGUCGAGAUAAUCAGGCAAAGCCGAGUGUUCGAACUGAGAGGGGCUCCCCAUAA